AUGGCCUCCGAAAGGCCGUCUGGGCCCAGCCGAUCCAAUUCCCACGUGCCGUCGACACCGAGUGGACUUCGGCUGAGCCAAACGCUGUCGUCUUCACAGUUGUCGAAGAAUGGAGGCGCCGAAAGCUCGAGACCGCGACCCAGCGACGAAGGACCUCCGAGCCACGCCGGCCCGAGUGUGGUUCCCAGCACGACUGCCCCUGCGACCGAAGGGACCUCUCUGCUUCACCACGAACGAGGUUAUUCAGCGUCUUACGACAAUGGCACCUUCUCCCCUCACGCCGAGAGCCUGUCCACAAGCUACUUCAAGAUGCCUGAUUCCGAUGCCGCAUCGACGACCGGGUCAGAAACAGCCUCUCUGAAGGGAAACUGGAAGAAGGCGCUCGCGUUCAGGAUAAAGUCCAAGACAAUGCACAAUUCGAGAGCAUUGGCGGAACAACACGGCUUUAAGGAUUCUCCCAUCAUGUACCUUUCGUACUACAUACCGUGUCUGAUAUGGAUGCGGCAAUACAACUGGGCCUGGUUGAAGGGAGACCUUACGGCGGCGAUCACGAUAGCGUCCAUGUACCUGCCCAUGGCGCUGUCGUAUGCCGACAACUUGGCACACGUGCCGGCCAUCAAUGGGCUCUAUGCCUUUGCUUUCAAUCCCUUCAUCUAUGGUAUACUGGGCAGUUGUCCGCAGAUGAUUGUGGGGCCAGAAGCAGCAGGUUCGUUGCUAGUAGGGUCCAUCGUCAAGAGCAGCAUCGAUGCCGGGCAUGGCGAGGACGAUAAUCCCCUCCUGCACGCCCAGAUCGCCGGUGUAGCUGUGGGUAUGGCGGGGGCAACCGUUUUUAUAAUGGGACUGUUUCGCCUCGGGUUUUUGGACAGUGUCCUCAGCCGUCCCUUUCUCCGCGGCUUCAUUUCGGCCAUUGGUGUGGUCAUUUUCAUUGAUCAGUUGGUUCCCGUACUCGGACUCUCCAAGAUCGCUUCCGAAACCUCUGGAGUGGGACAUGGCAGCUCGGUGGAAAAGCUUGAGUUUAUCUUCUCAAAUUUUGGCUCUAUCCACAAGCUAUCUGCCAUCAUUGGUGUGGUCAGUUUUGUCGUCAUCAUGGUUUUUCGUGAAGUCAAGAGGCGCCUCCAGCCCAGGUAUCCUGGAGUGGCCUAUGCUCCUGAUCGCCUCUUCGUUGUCGUGAUUUCCUCCCUUCUCGCAUGGCGACUGCGGUGGGACGAGCAAGGGGUUGGAGUGCUGGGCAACGUUCAAGCUGCAUCGAGCCACCCGUUCGCUUUCCACAAUCCAUUCCAGCUGUCUCAAAUGGCGCACAUACGGGAGGCGAUGGGCACAUCCUUCUUAAUUGGCAUGCUUGGCUUCUUCGAGUCUUCAGUCGCUGCGAAGAGUCUUGGCGCCGGUGAGGUGAUUGAAGGCAUGCAAUUGAGUCCCAACAGAGAACUCAUUGCGCUUGGGACAGCCAAUCUACUUGGUGCAUGCUUCAUGGCAAUUCCUGCCUUUGGUGGGUAUGGUAGAAGCAAGGUCAACAAGUCCACCGGCGGCAAGAGUCCAAUGAGCUCUAUCCUACUCAGCAUCAUCACAGUGCUCUGCAUACUGUUCGUCUUACCGUGGUUCUACUACAUCCCUAAACCCGUUCUUUCAGCACUCAUCAUCGUCGUGGCUUGGUCACUGAUUGAAGAAGCACCCCACGACAUAGCCUUCUUCCUGAAGAUUCGCGGAUGGACAGAGCUGUCACUCAUAGCCGUCAUCCUUCUGGUGACGGUAUUCUUCUCCCUGAAUCUGGGAAUUGCUAUUGGGAUUGGAAUUUCACUCCUCCAAGUCAUCCGACAUUCGACACGCCCACGAAUCCAGAUCCUCGGCCGCAUCCCCGGGACCGAGAGAUUCGAAAACGCAGAGGAGAAUCCUUCGGCUCUCGAAUUCGUCGAGGGCUGCUUGAUUGUCAAAAUACCCGAGCCCCUGACCUUUGCCAACACGGGCGAGCUCAAGAACAGGCUCCGCCGGCUGGAGCUCUACGGCACCGGAAACGCACAUCCAGCCCUGCCACGUCUUCGCCCGCAUAACAGCAAUCGCAACGUCAUAUUUGACAUCCAUGGCGUUACUUCAAUGGACGGCUCCGGUGCGCAGGUAUUGGAGGAGAUCGUGCGCAGCUAUCGCGAGAGAGGCGUGCGCGUCUUCUUCAGCCGAGCUCCCGCCAAGAGUAAUAUCACCUGGACUCUCUUGCAGCGGGCUGGAAUCGUGGAAUUGGUCGGCGGCGAGCAUCAUUUCGUACGUGACGUUAAGGACGCCCUGCGCAUGACUGAGGCCGAGGAUCUGGGAGCCACGGGGGCCUGUGCCGCUGCGGGUAAUGAUGUCCCGGAAGCUCGAUAG